AUCUUGGCUUGUCCCAUGAUGAAUUCAAGUCGGGAGGGGAAAGUGCACUUGUAGAAUGCCCAUUUCCCUGCAUCAUAGGUCCUUAUAAACCCAUAGCGGCGGGGAGCAGUAGCCGAAUAACAGCCCCAAUGGCCAGUCACGUUCCCCCAUUUUAGAUAUCGAAAGGAGGUGUGAUGAACUUGUGCAAAGGUCAUGAGGAGCACAAGAUGAUAGAAGACUCAGUUCGCGGACCGGUCGACACCGUCUGCCCGUACUUCAUCCCGGAAUUCCGGAUGACGCUGUAUAUAGAGAGAUGGAUUCCCUGAGUUGUUCGACUAUGGCUUUACUGGCGAACAAGAUCGUGUGCAUAACUGGAUCGUCUCGAGGUAUUGGUCGAGCAUGCGCGGUCGAAUCGGCUAAACAUGGAGCAAUUGGUUUAAUAUUGCAUUACUUUGGAGACAAUCACUGUCAAGUAGUCGGUGUGCCCGGUGAUAUCGCGAAUUCGGAAACUUCAAAAAAGAUCGUCGAAGCAGGCGUCGAAGCGUUCGGGCGAAUCGAUGUGCUCGUCAGUAAUGCGGGAAUUUGUCCAUUCGCUGAGUUCUUGACGAUGCCCUAUGCUAUAUGGGAACGUACCCGACAAGUAAAUUUGGAUGGAUCCUUUUACGUGGUGCAAGCGGUGGCAAACCAAAUGAAGAGCCAGGUCCCCCAAGGCGGAUCUAUCAUCGGUCUGGCUUCCAUUUCAGCGCUCGUGGGUGGCGAAUUCCAAUGUCACUACACGCCGACAAAGGCAGGUAUCGUGUCGAUGAUGCAAAGUUGUGCUAUCGCUCUUGGGAAGUAUAACAUACGCUGCAACGCUAUACUUCCUGGCACGAUUGCCACAGACAUCAAUAAAGAGGACCUUGCGAAUGAAGAAAAGCGGGAGUAUACGAUCAAAAGGACUGUGCUCGGGAGACUUGGUGCUCCCGACGACAUAGCUGGGCCUAUGGUGUUCCUUGCCAGCGAUCUUGCAAAGUAUGUCACUGGCGCGCAACUACUAGUAGACGGUGGCCUGUUUGUCAACCUUCAGUAAUAUAUUUUCUCCUGGUGCAACAAAGGAGGAACGAUCGUCUUCCUCGCACGGAGAGCUAGUAUGUGCAUACCAGACACUACUUGUAAUACUCAAUCGAUGCUCAGCCUUGAAUGUUUCAUGU